CCGUAGACUUCUUCACAUACAUAAUGGGCUACAAAGCAAAGUGGACUCAAAUGGGAUACGACUGUCCGCUCGUCAAUAAACUCGUGUGCAGUAAAAUACAGCAACAAAUGGGCGGUCGGCUUAAGGUUAUGAUCGUCGGCGGCGCUCCACUUAACCACACAACACAGGCCACAAUCAAAGCCGCACUCAAUCUGACAUUAAUUCAGGGGUACGGCGCGACAGAAACUAUGGGCGCUGUGUUUUGUAUGGACUUCGAUGACCUGUCCUACGGUCGAGUGGGUAUACCUCUUCAGGGGGUUAAAGUGAAACUAGUCGAUUGGGCGGAAGGCGGAUAUCACCGGUCAGAUGAGCCAAACCCGAGGGGAGAGAUCGUAUUUGGCGGCGACUCAAUAGUUAUGGGUUACUAUAAACUGCCCGAACAAACACAGGAGGCGUUUGAAGUGGAC